AUGCUCUGCAACAAAGCCCUCCACCGCAGCCAUGGCAUCACCGCCGCAGCCGCGUACACACGCGUGGCCUCUGGGACCCUGAUGACUGCUGCGCCGCGGAAGUCUCGGCCGACUUGUAUGGCCUACGGUGCUACGUCGGUGAGCGUCUUUCCUGCUCGGCGACGUGGCCUCGCGACGCACGCCACAAGCGAGCCGCAAAACAUCGCCGUCAUUGGCGGCGGCAUCACAGGCCUGACGACGGCACACUUCCUUGCCAAGUCAGUGCCUGUCGGCACUAAGAUCACCGUCUACGAGGCGAGUGAUCGCAUCGGUGGCUGGCUAGACACUCAAAAGGUCGAGUUUGAGCAGAAUGGUCAGAAGAGCGUCGUGCAGUUUGAGCGCGGCCCUCGCACUCUGCGGAGCUAUGCCCGGGACACCUGGAAAAUGGAUGACCUGGUGCUCUUCACUCUGCUCAACGACCUUGACAUCAUGCCCAGCUUCAGGCCAGGCGGCACGCGCUAUGUCCGCAUUGAUGGCAACAUCACCGCCGUCACGCCGAAGAACAUGAUCAAGCUUCUCUGGAAGCCCAUGCUCAGGGGAUUCUGGCGUAUGAAGCGCAACCGUCUUGGCACCUUCGCGGACCGCUCUGAUCAGCGUCUCCCCAAGGACAUGUCUGUCGGCGAAUUCCUCCGCAUGGCGGCGGGCGAGUCUCGCACCGUCGACCAGUUUGCCUCGGCUGUGUUGCACGGCAUAUGGGGCGGCGACAUUGACCGGCUGUCCAUGCAGUCUGUCAUGCCCAAGCCCUGGCACAACUACUGGCUGAAAGAGCCUCUUCCGCACCUGGCUCAUCUUCCCGCGCAUGAACUCGCUCUGGUGACGCAGCUUCUCACCGAAGAGGUCCGCGACAUGGUCAAGCUGAGCCACCAAGGAGCGUUGAUCGCCUUCCCCGAGGGCAUGGGUUCUAUUCCCAAGGCGAUCGCCAAGAGCCUGCAGGACAAGCCCAAUGUCGAGAUAAAGCUGGGUCAAUCCAUCAGCAAGGUGGAAUUCGACUCAGCUGCCCGCAAGGUCAUGCUCUCCACUGCCGAUGGGGCCUCGCCCGCGGCGUAUGACAAGGUCAUCUCCACCAUCAACAGCAAGCACCUCUUCAGGCUUGCGCCCAAGCACCUCCCGGCUCUCGCGUCAACCGAGUCGGUCACCAUCACGGCCGUCAACGUCUGGUAUCCCAAGGAAGGCCUCAACCACCCGUACCAAGGCCUGGGUUAUCUCCUGCCGCGCCAUGACAACUCGAGCAACGACCUCGACGGUCUGCUUGGUGUCUUCUUCGACUCGGACGCGCUGCCCAAGCCGUUUGACGAGCCGAACGGCACCAAGAUGUUCGUGCUCAUGAAGGGCACGUACGCCGAGGAGGACGCGAAGGCCAAGGUGCGCGAGAUCCUCCAUGAUCACCUCGGCAUCGACCCGGAUGAGCGGUGCAUCAUGCUCGCGCGCACCAACAAGGACUGCAUCCCGCAGCACCACGUCGGGCACCGCGAGCUCAUGGCGCGCGCCGACGGCGAGCUGUCGGCUGCGUUCAACGGCCAGCUUGCCGUGGCUGGGCCUUCGUACUCGGCAGUCGGCGUCGUGGGGUCGAUGCGCUCGGGGUACGACAUGGCCACGCAGGUGACGGACCCUGGGAAGGCCGCGGUCGGCGACACGGGUCUCGCUCGCUUCCGAGGAGACGAGAAGCUGCAAGCCGUCGACCGGCACGGGCUGCAGGGGGUCGGCAGGCUGAUCCCUGAUCGGGUGUCGAAGAUUGUGCAGUGGCUUCGCUAG